UCCCAUCUGUGAUUCCCAUCUGGCCGAAAUCGUCGCUAUUCAACGGCGAGUGCCACACCGAAUCAGAAGUAUACGCGGCAACGUGUAUAUUAACGUAGUACAGUAAAACUCUACACGUGUUACGUGUACACAAAAUUUUGUACGGUUGUAGAGAUGGCAAAUUUUGCGAAGCGAGAACUGUUGAAGUACGGUUGGGAGGAAGGCAAAGGACUUGGUAAAAAUGAAAAUGGCAUAACGGAACCCGUAAAACUUGCGACAAAUCAAAAUAAGGCAGGUAUAGGAUAUGAUGAGAACAAACCUUGGUGGAACAGCUUGUAUGAUGACACCAUUAAAAACAUUAAAGUCGAGUCGAAUGGUGAAGAGUUUUCUUUGAUGACCAUCGCUAAUGCGGCUACUUCCAAAACUAACCGUCAUAAUUUCUGGAAAAAAUCUGUAACUUUGAGUCCAUUCUAUUUUGAUCAUGAGAUAUUUGAAAAUUGUUCAGAUUCAGAGAAAACAUAUGCAUAUAUGAUGAAUCAGAAGGUUGGAUUUUUUAACAAAAUUAUGCAUGAACCAAUGGAAUACAAUUUUACAUCAAAUGGAAAAUUAGAAAGAAUUGCACAGCAGGAUGCAUUAUAUUUAAAUACUAACCCUCUGUUAAGUGAUGCUAUGAUCAAUCAAAAGAAUGACAUAGUCGACAAGAAUGCAAAAUCAGACAUCGAGGAAAAUAAGUGUGAAACAAUAAACGCAAGCAUAUUGCAAUGUUUUGAAGAUACAAAAGAUUUUGUUUUAUCCAAAACUGCAAAGAAGAAACGUAAAAAAAAAUUACAUAAAUUAAUCCAGCAACUAAGCACUUGUAGUUUAGAAGAAAAUAAUAACCAAAGGCAAAACUAUUUGGAUAUGAAGCUCAAAAAGAUAGAAACUCCAAAAAUGAAGAAAGAUAAACAUAUGGAGGAAAGAAAGAAUUUUAAAAAAAUAGUGUCCUUAUAUAAUUCAAUAACUUCUGAUAAUACAACUUCUAGUAAUACAAAUGAAGUAAAAGUAACAGGAGGCUUGUUCUUUCAACAUACAAAGCUGAUACAAGACAAAUUAUUUAGUAAGAUUAAAAGAAAAUCGAUAGAUCAGACAUCUGAUAUUUUAUCAGAUGUGAAAUUAUUAGGAUCAGGAAGAUGUGAAAAGGGAAAAGAUAGUACUGAGCAUAAAGUAGACCAAAGUUUGAAAGUGGAAAACGUGGUAGACAAUAAGGCAGACGAAUCAUUUAAAAAAGAUUGGAUAAUAAUUGAUGUUGCAACGAAGACAGAUAAGGAAAGAGAGAAUUUUGAUUGCAAGGCAAACUUACUUCCGAAGGCAACAGAUAGAAUAUUUAAGCACGAUAUCUCAAAAGUAGAAGCUAAAAAUAAAUAUAACAAUCCGGUAGAAGAAAUAAAUCGCGAUUUCUACUUCCUAAGUUUAAACAAAAUACAAAAAAAGAAAAAUCUGCGCCCCCCUUCAAAAGGAAUUAAGAAAAUUGCCGAAAAAUUAAAAGGUGAAGCUUUGGCAAAUGAAUUAAAUUCUGCAAUAAAAAAUUUAACAAUAUUUAGUAUUACUGACAAAUUAAAUGCAAAUACUGUUAAAAAGAAACUCGUAGUACCCACUCAAACUCAUCGUAUGCCUGUUUAA